AACACAAAGGGUAGAGGGUAGGCCAGUGAACAUGUGACCCACAAAUGUGGAAUUGCUAAGCACAAGAAGCAAAGAAUUGCAUAAAAAAACAAUGGCGUUUUGUGCAUGGGAGGAAGGUAUGGUAUGGGAUUAUUGAGAGCAAGAAAUCUCUAUGGAGUGCCACUUGAAACAAUAGAAAACACCAAAUUAUUGCUUUCUCUAACACCUCUCUGUCCAAUUAAGUCUGAGCCCACAAAAUUAUUAUAUCCAUUAAUUUAGCUCAAUUAUUAUAUCACCUAAAAAGGUCACAUCCAGAUCAGCACCAAGAAUUUUACCUUUUAAACCUCUCCCCGUUUCUGUUUCAUUUCCCUUCAAUUUGUUUACAGCUUUAGGGUUUUGGGAUGCAAAAGGGUUUCCUGGAUCCGUCUCUCAACAUCUUGAAUUUGAGGUUAGGACCCUAUAGUCUCUUCUUGGUGGAUUAAAGGGGUCUUAUAUUGAAAUUUGAGGUGGGGUUUAUGUGGGUUUUUCUUGUUUAAUACACUUUGAUUCAAGAUUUGUUUUCUUGGCACAAUUGGUGGGGGAGAUCAAGUUAUGGUCUUGAUUAAUGGGUUUAUCUUGGUUUUUGAGUCUUGGGUUGUUAUCAAAUUUGGGGCUUUAAAUCUUGAUCAAUGAUUCAAUCGUCUUUCUUCAAGAUCACACAUUCAAAAAAGUAGGUUUGAGGGCUCUUUCAAUAGGGUUGAUGUUACUCUUUUCUUGUAUUGUGCUUUGGUAGCUAUGGUUUAAAGGGCUUUUCUUGUUGGGUUGUGCCAUUGUUUCUGACAGAGUUAAAGAAAGGGGAGGGGAAAGUAGUUCUUUUUGGUGCUUGAUUAAAUGGGAUCCUCUGGCUUCUUUCUGAUAUGUAUGCUUCAUUCUGGGAUAGCUCUAACUUGUGGAGCUUUGAUGAUGUUUUACACAAAUGAGGCCACUGUGUUUGGUCAUGGCAUUGAAAUAGCUACAAAGCUUAAAGGUUCAACACCACAUGACCAACUCCUGAUCCAAACCUCUGAUUCCUUUUCUGGGUUGCUAUUGUUUGCCAUUGGGUUCCUUUUGUUCAUGGUGGCAUUUGUUAAGGACAGAGAGUUCCAGAGUUUCUUUGCUAAAGGUUGUGUCUUGCUACAUGUUUCAAUGGCUUUUUGGAGGAUUUACUUUGAGAGGAAGCUUGAAGAUCUGGCUCGUGAUUUGCCUAGACUUGUUGUUGGUGACAUUGCAUUGGCUCUUUCUUGGGUUUUCUUUCUUGUUUAUUCUUGGAGAGAGAAGUAUGAUUAGCAAGCUACAAGAGUCAGACAACCAGUCCAUCAUCGAAUAAAUUUGAGCUGUUAUUGGUGUAGCAUUACGGGUUCUGCCAAGUGGGAUCUUUUUCCUGGCUCAGUUCUGUAAAUUACAGGGUUAAUCUGGAACUUUAAAGAAAUGGCGCAAAGCAUGGAUAAGAUUCUUGGUUAGUGCGCGUUUUAGAUUGGAUCUUGAACAAGCUUGGAUUCCAAGAAAAGCUGGAGAUGAGAGCCGGGGGCUGCCAUUUUGUUUUUAAUUGAGAAUCUUCAACUUGAGAAGUUUCUUGCACUUGUUACUGUGGUGCCUCUGUGGGCUUCUUGUAUUGAAUUUCAAUGGCAUUUGUAAAUCAACCUUCUUCAAAUAGAUAUUUGAUAAUAAUUAGAAAUGUGAAUCCCAUGAAAGUUUACUCGUUU